UCAAAGCUCUGGUCUGAAUCAUGUCGCCCCAGGCUCAGCUCUUCAACGUGCUUCUCUGUGCGCUGCUGCUGCUGCUGCCGCCGCUGGCCCAGGGAGGAAAACGUAAACACUUCUACAUUGAGGCCGUGCACAGUCCUCCACUCGUCCUCCCCUGUGAGAAGAGGCCCAGCUUAUAUCUGUGCAAGUACAAAUGUGAGAAUGACCGAGACUGUCAAGCAAACAAUGUAUGCUGCUCAACCUUCUGCGGAAAUGUUUGCAUGAACAAGCUGUCCAGGUAGGAGGGUGAGCUGUGCCUCCUGCCCCUGCCCCAGAACUUCUGUUCGGAGACUGAGCCACAUUCAAACCAGGGGGACCUCAAAUCAUGAGCACAAGAACUUCAGCAGGAAUGCCACCCUCCCCACUGUGUGAGCCC